UUGUUUUAUUUUAGAAAAUAUGGUGUUCAAGUGAGCACCGUGAAUUGCAAUAAAUAUGACUAUAAAGAUGCUAAUUCAGCAGAUUUAGUUGUCUCUGUUGGGGGUGACGGAACAUUUCUCAGCGCCGCUCUCCGAAUUACAGAUAAAUACAAACCCAUUAUUGGAAUCAACAGCAAUCCUGAUACGUCGCAAGGUAGCCUUUGUCUACCUCGUCAUUGGCACACCAACAUUCCCCUGAUCGUGGAUCGACUAAUGAAGGGCGAUUUCAAGCGUACUUAUCGUCAGCGCAUUCGAUUGAUAUCUUCCACACCAUCCAGUGAACUGAAAAGCCUCGAUGAUGUCACCCCGCUUAUUUUCGAGCCUCAUACACCUCACUCUCGACAUUCAGACGAGACUGCACAAUCCAAAGCCCCGGUUCAAUCUCCCGUCCACCUUCUUCCUUUCCGAUCGCUCAACGACGUCUUCGUCAGCGCCUGCAUGACCUCAAGAGUCUCCCGAUAUGAGGUCUCAAUAGACGACGGCGAACCUAUGACUCAAAAGUCGAGCGGAUUUUUGGUUAGCACUGGGACUGGAUCAUCUUCAUGGCAUCGUAGUCUUCACCAAAUCGAUGAGAACCUUGUUGCGCGGAUUUUGUCUCUGGCUUCAGACAAUAAUCUUUCCAUGGCCUCUAGUCACUUUGAAUUAGCAGCUCUUAUUGCCGAACGUUACAAUAGUAGUCUCCUAUUUCCUCCAGAUUCACAAUAUAUGGCCUUUUCUGUUCGGGAACUAAUUGCCAAUCACGUUUUUAAAUUCGGCUCUCCGAGGGGCUUUGCAAGGAAGUGA